AUGACGUCACACUGUAGUGGGGAGAGGCAGAGGUUCAUCUGGUACGGCGCCAACACCAUCGAGAGAGCCGACACCUGGAAAUGGCCAGACGGCACCCCGGUUCCAGACACCUUGUCCCAACUGGUCAUAGGCCCAGACCAGUACUGGGCCAAAAAGAACUGCUCGCUGAUGGACACAACAGGAAACAUUUUCCAGAUCGACUGCACGGAAAAACUCAGCUUCAUCUGUUUAGAAAAUGUAAAGAACCUGUACCGCUGCAACAGCUGGACAGGGUCUGUUAUCCAGCACGGCUUAUGUUUCAAGAUCUUCACGAUCGAAAAAUCAUGGGAGGAUGCUAAGAGAUUCUGUGAACUGGAGUCGAGUGAUGUUGUUCUAGCAGAAAUGAACACCGAAAUCUUCCCCCAUUAUCUGAUGCCGUCAAAUAUGGGAGAGAACUUAGAAUGCUGGAUUGGCGCCAGAAAGACAGACAACAAGGCCAACUUGACGUGGGACGACGGCAGGACGGCCAACAUCGACCAGAUGUGGAUUGGUCGCAACAACUGCGUGGUGCUCGCUGCGGACGGCAAGCUUGAAGAAAACGACUGUAGCCACGCGAAUGAGUUCGUCUGUAUGAUCACACCACAGAACGAUACAGGUUGUGGCCGCUGGGAGGGUUACACGUCAAUAGAGAACACCUGUUUCAAACACUACGCAGAUAAGAAAAGAUGGGCAGACGCGUUGCAUGAGUAA